AUGUCCAAUGUUGAUAUAACCAACGAUGGCUUCAUCGGGCUUGACUACGACUCGAGAAACUAUAUCCAGCCUCAGUCAUGGCCCGUGGCGGUGGACCAUCAGAGCUCCCAUAGAACAGACGGAUCGCGAGACAUCUCUCCUCUGCAAACCAGCGGUCACGCUUAUGAACAGUCGGUAGCUCAGGAUCCCAACCUGAUGGUCGACUGGCACUUCCAACAGCUGCAACCCCACCUUCAGUACACUCAGGAGGAUCAUUCGUCGGCUCAGCAAUACACGACUUCAAGCUACGGAAUGCCCAUCCAUUCGUCUCCUGUGGAUGUCAUGGCUCCGCCCCAGGGCCAGAUAAGCUCCGGUCUUUUGGAAAGUUCUUAUAUGCCUCUGCCUGCGCCAGUCGACAUGGUCCCAUUUGGCUACCAGGAUCUCCAAACUGAGCUGAUGUCUUUCCCGGACGGCCUGCAAGAUUUGUCAUCUUACGCCGCACCACGCAACUUGAUAGGCAGCAGCUCCCCCACGGACACUUACUUGGAAGUACGGUCUUUGUCGAGCAGCGAUAACGGCUGGAGCGCCAUCGAACCCCGUCACUCUCACGAAUUCAUGUUCCCCGAUCAGGGCAUCUUCAUCAAUCCCACGCAGACGUUGCACGACCGGAGCCUUUCUGAGUCAUCGUACUCAACUUCCUACGGCAGUUUCGUUGACAUCUCCAAUCCAAUCAACUCGCCCACCUCUGAUCUUAACUUCGAGUCUGCCUUCAGCAUGCCGAGACGGGUCUCCUACGAUCACACUUCCCACGGCUCCCAAUCCCCUACUGCAGUCAGCCCCGUAGCAAUUGUGCGACCUAUUCCUGUUCCCUCCAAGAAGUCCACUUCGCCCACCAGGUCCGCUGGAUCACAGGCGUCGUCCUCAUCGCCGCCCAGUAGGAAACCGUCGCGCAAAAGCCCAAUCGCUGCGAAGACUGCGGAGACCAGGAUCCGCAAGCAAUCGCAAGCUGGAAAGCCCGAAGGCGAGAAACGUGUUGGAAAGCGAAAGGGCCCGCUCAAGCCGGAUCAGAGAAAGCAAGCCAGCGAAAUUCGCAAGUUGAGAGCAUGCCUGCGCUGCAAAUUCUUGAAAAAAACUUGUGAUAAAGGCGAGCCCUGUGCCGGUUGCCAACCCUCGCAUGCUAGAUUAUGGCAAGUUCCUUGCACAAGGAUUGACAUCAAGGAAAUCGGGUAUUUCAUGAAGGAUUGGAAAGCGGACUACGAGCGUCAUAUUACUCUCGGUUUUUCGGUUGGAAACAUCAAGGGUUUCUCAGAGCACGAAAGGACCUUGUUCAUCACCCAUGGUUAUGGUCAGAUUCUUCCCAUUAACGCCCGGGAGGUUUAUGUUCGGGAUGAUCAAUGCUUCAGUGUCGACUGGGUCGAAUCGAUGCACCGAGAACCCACUCAGCAUGAGGUGGAGACCGCCAAACUAUCUGCUGGUAUGGAGGGUAUCUCACAUGCCAUGUUGUCGGAUUAUCUCGACCGCCACAUUGAUGGCAAUGGCACUUUUGAGAAGUUCGUCGACGACUACUUCGAGGGCACGCCAUUCCUGACGCAGAUGCUCAAGACUGCCUUCCGGUACUACUUCCGUACCAAGCUACCUGUGAUCCGUAAAGCGUUGAAGCUCAUCAUCGCUUACAACCUGACUCUCCAUGUCACAAUGGUGGAGGGUAUAGGUGAAGAAGAUGGCUUCCUUGGCAAGAUUGAGGACCCAUCAUCGAAGUUCAAGGGCAAGAUCAUGGCGCCUGUCAUGAUCAAUUUCCAGAUCAAGUGCGCCAUGGCUAAUAUGUGGCGCGAGCUGCAGAAGGAUGUUCUUGAAGAGCUUUCGAGUCUUUACUCAAGCGUGUAUAGUGGAGAAAAACUAAAGAACUGGCCUACGAUCUUCAUUUUAGCAUGCAUUCUAUUGGCAGUGUGGGAGGAAAUGCAAUUCGACUGCCAUUACCGCACACCGGAUGCUGCCGCUGUGGACAAGUUCUGCAAUGAUAUGGAGAAUAUCCCUGUCGGGGUCAUCGUUGGCUUGUUCCAGGCAAUUUCGCAGAAACUCCCCGCUUUCACUGAUUGGGAAACACAAAAGCACCACCACUUGCUGUUUUCGAAUCCCGAUGUUUGCAACACCAUGACCGAGGUUCGCGAACAUGUAAAGCAAUACGAGAGCUAUCUGAGAAGCCGCUCGAAUUCGAAGUUCGACCGCAAUGACUUUGAUUGCUUGUCGAACAAAUUCAUUUCAAGACUUGUGGUCCGCGCAAAUUAA